AUGAACCCCAGUGAGGGGAUCAGGAUUAAGCAUGAAAACAUCGUUGCCCUGGAAGACAUUUAUGAAAGCCCGAAUCACCUGUACUUGGUCAUGCAGCUUGUAUCUGGUGGAGAACUAUUUGAUCGGAUAGUGGAGAAGGGAUUUUACACAGAGAAAGACGCCAGCACUCUGAUCCGCCAGGUCUUGGAUGCUGUGUACUAUCUCCACAGGAUGGGCAUCGUCCACAGAGACCUGAAGCCUGAAAAUCUGUUGUAUUACAGUCAAGAUGAGGAAUCCAAAAUAAUGAUCAGUGACUUUGGACUGUCAAAAAUGGAGGGCAAAGGCGAUGUGAUGUCCACGGCCUGUGGAACCCCAGGCUAUGUUGCUCCUGAAGUCCUUGCCCAGAAACCCUACAGCAAAGCCGUAGACUGCUGGUCCAUCGGUGUAAUUGCCUAUAUCUUGCUCUGCGGCUAUCCUCCUUUUUAUGACGAAAAUGACUCCAAGCUCUUUGAACAGAUCCUCAAAGCGGAAUAUGAGUUCGACUCCCCCUACUGGGAUGACAUCUCCGACUCUGCAAAAGACUUCAUUCGGAACCUGAUGGAAAAAGACCCAAACAAAAGAUACACCUGUGAGCAGGCUGCUCGGCACCCAUGGAUUGCUGGUGACACAGCCCUCAACAAAAACAUCCAUGAGUCAGUCAGCGCCCAGAUCCGGAAGAACUUUGCAAAAAGCAAAUGGAGACAAGCGUUUAAUGCCACAGCUGUCGUGAGGCAUAUGAGAAGGCUACAUCUCGGCAGCAGUCUGGACAGUUCAAACGCAAGUGUCUCAAGCAGCCUGAGUUUGGCCAGCCAAAAAGAUUGCCUGGCACCUUCCACGCUGUGUAGUUUCAUUUCCUCUUCCUCGGGGGUCUCAGGAGUUGGAGCUGAGCGGAGACCCAGGCCCACCACUGUGACGACAGUGCACACUGGAAGCAAGUGACCGGCUCUGGAGGUGGGACCCAGGGGGCAGGGCCAGGGAAGGGGAGCCCCGGAGCACCAGGCAGGAGCCCCUCCAGCAGUGGAGACCCUAUCCCGCAUGGUGCACCUACCUGCAUAAGACUGGAAGACACAAGUUUUUUAUGGCCAUAUUUUAUACUGAAGUGUUCAUUUCUCACAAACUGUACUGACUCAAGGGGAGCUGAAUUCAAAGGAUCUGGUGCUGUAUAUAUGAGUCUUGCAAAGCUCUGAACGAAUGGACCUUCUUCCUCCUCUCCACAGCUCCAUCAUUUCCACUCUUCUCAGUGUAUGCCACCAUCUAGGGUGUACUUUUUUCAUGAAAAAA